GCGGCCGCAUUGGUCCACAUCUACCUAGAUGGUUCUGUCUUGGUGACUCAUGGUGGCUGUGAACUGGGACAAGGCCUGAACACCAAAAUGAUUCAGGUGGCUAGCCGAGAACUGAACAUCCCCCAGUCGUAUGUGCACCUGUCUGAAACAAGCACAAUCACGGUGCCCAAUGCUGUCUUCACGGCGGGGUCGAUGGGGACAGACAUCAACGGAAAGGCCGUGCAGAUUGCAAAAGCCUUUGAAGAGUCCAUCAGUCUCUCAGCUACCGGAUAUUUCAAAGGCUACCAGACGCAUAUGGACUGGCAGAAGGAAGAAGGAGACGCUUAUCCGUAUUUCGUUUAUGGAGCAUCCUGUUCUGAGGUUGAAGUUGACUGUCUGACUGGGGCUCAUAAGCUCCUUAGGACCGACAUCUUCAUGGAUGCUGCUUUCAGCAUAAACCCAGCCCUGGAUAUUGGACAGAAUGCCUGCCAAAUUCUUAUGGCCCGUCUUCAGCCCAUCAUCAGGAAGAACCCUAAAGGAAAAUGGGAGGACUGGAUUGCAAAAGCCUUUGAAGAGUCCAUCAGUCUCUCAGCUACCGGAUAUUUCAAAGGCUACCAGACGCAUAUGGACUGGCAGAAGGAAGAAGGAGACGCUUAUCCGUAUUUCGUUUAUGGAGCAUCCUGUUCUGAGGUUGAAGUUGACUGUCUGACUGGGGCUCAUAAGCUCCUUAGGACCGACAUCUUCAUGGAUGCUGCUUUCAGCAUAAACCCAGCCCUGGAUAUUGGACAGGUUGAGGGAGCAUUUAUCCAAGGCAUGGGAUUAUAUACCAUAGAAGAACUGAAAUACUCCCCAGAAGGCGUGCUUUAUUCUCGGGGUCCAGAUGACUACAAAAUCCCCACCGUCACUGAGAUACCAGAAGAGUUCUAUGUCACUUUGGUGCGUUCCCGAAAUCCCAUAGCCAUCUACUCAUCUAAGGGAUUGGGUGAGGCUGGAAUGUUCCUGGGGUCCUCUGUGUUGUUUGCCAUAUAUGAUGCAGUGACCGCUGCCCGCAGAGAGAGGGGACUGACCACAACCUUCACCAUGAGAAGCCCUGCAACUCCUGAAUUGAUUCGGAUGACUUGUAUGGAUCAGUUUACGGACAUGAUUCCAAGAGAUGACCCGUCAACAUUUACACCAUGGUCCAUCCAUGUGUCUUAAUCUAAUGUUUUCUAGAAAAUGAAUAUAUGAUUGUGCCGGGGACCAGCCCCAGCACAAAGAUUGUAAGGUCCCCGCUGGUAAGGAACCCCCAAAAGGGAGGAAAGGCAGCGUCGGCGAUGGACAGCAAACACACAGACUCAAGGGA